AUGGCUGUGAACAGCACAGGAGGCGGUAAUGAAGUGAAAGCAAAAAAGAAUCGUAUCUGGAAUCCGGCACUGGAUGACUGUCAUGAUAUCGUAAAAAAUGAAAAAAUUGGAAACUCAGUUCCGGUUUCUGUUCAGUACGGCUUUUUUUACCAGAAUUAUGCACGCCUGAUGCAACAGCAUGUGGCCACAGUGCAACCGGACCAUUCAAACAUUCCUCAAAACAACAACACACCAGUUCCCUUUCAGCCUAGCGUUACAAAUCUUACCGAUCGCACAAGAAGCAUGGCGAUGAGCCAAAACAUGAUGAGCAUCAGCUUACCGAAUCAGAAUUGUUGCGCCGUGUGCGGUAACAUAUUUCGGCUAACAACGGAUCUCGUGCAGCAUAUGCGCGUCAAUCAUCGUGGUAGCCAUUGCUCACGUACGCAAAAACGAACGAAUAUCCUUCUCUAA